AAAGGCGCAAAAACGUGUGAAGAGGACGUUCAGUCAGUUCCGUCAGUGUCCACACGGAUCCCGCAUUAGUUGUAGAAUAGUAGUAGCAGCAUGUUCGACUCGAAGAUUAAGGUGCCCAAGUACGACUCGGACGCAUUCGACAAUGUUGAGUACGAGCUGCAGAUGAGCUACACCCUGGAGACGGAUCGUCGCGUCAUGAGCUUCUACGAUGCCAUGUGGGGCAUGGAGGUCACCGGGGGCAUCGAUCAAUUCGAGCCGCUGACCAUUGUGAACGUCUCGCCGACGGGUCUGGCCAAGCGCGGGGGCAUGCGCAUCGGGGACGAGAUCACACAGAUCAACGAUGUGCCGGCCCUGGAGCUGACCUUCAACGAGGCGUUGCAGCUCUUUCGCAGAUCCUCGCGAUAUGUGCGCGUCUAUGUCAGGGGCGAUGACGAUGAGCCUGGCGAGGAGGAUUGGACGUGCGAUUGCUGGUUCAAGCCCCGCAAGCCCUGGAGGCGCGACUUUACGCCCAUUCAGUGGACCUUCCCGUGGAACGACCGUCGCAAGCCCGUCUACAAGGAAUCCAAUUGCUUCAUGGUGCCCAGCAAGAUGGAGGAGAAGAUUAGGGCACGGCGUGCUGCCACCUCGGCUGUCCACAAGAAGGAGGAAGCAGCGCCGCACACGCGCUCCCUGACGCCCACACCUCGGCCCAAGAAUCAGCCCGGACCCAAUCUCCUAGAGAGUGUGCUGCGGCCGCGUGGACCCCCACCCAGGGAUUAGCUCGGAGAUCAAAUAUAGCUGUAUAGCAUGGAAAAUGUA